AUGAAUUCGAACCAGAGGCCAAAACUUAACUCACUGAGUGACGUGUCCGGGUCAUCCGACUCAGGAAUACUCAACGAGCGAAUACUCUUUCUCGUCUUUGAGUCGAUCAAGUGGGACAUUCACGUCGUCUGCCAAACGUCGUCCGUCAGCAGAAAGCUCCGCGCCAUUGCCAAGCGAGUUCUAUGGAGGCAGGUGUGCGUUUAUCGAGCACCGCGGAUGAUAAGCUCAUUGACCGGCGUUGUGCGGAACAGUCGAAUGGGAGGUGGAUGGCACGCACUCGCCAAGCUAUUGUUCUACUGUUGCGGUUGUGAGUCGACUCGGCAUUUCAGAGUGAGUCAAUCGUCACCAGGUCAUUUCGUGAAGGCGUCUCGGUUUUCGAAGACGUCGGGUCGGAGCUUCUUGAUGAAGAAGUGUAGGAGCGAUCUGCUGUACGUGACUGAUCCAUGCGAGCAUCCAACUGGCGACAAAAAAGAGAACAACUUGUUAGGAAUUUACAGGGGGGUGUUUCGGGAAUUUAACAAGUCGACGACAAGGGGUUGUUUGAUUGGACGACGGGUGGAGCUUGAGGAUAGGAUGAGAUGUCCGUACUGCGGGGCCCGCAUGUGGAGUAUGACGGCGGCUCGGCUAGUGCCAAAGAGCGCGGCUAGACGGCUUGGCUCACAUGAUGGGGGCUUGGAGUAUUUCGUGUGUGUAAAUGGGCACUUGCAUGGAACCUGUUGGCUAGUGCCGCUAUCGUCUGAUGAAGAAGAUAAUGCGGAUGACGAUGAUCAUGAUAGUGGUGAGGAGUGA